AUGAGUCUUAGUAUAUUUAGUAUUAAGACAAGUUAUUAUAAAAAUGGGCUUUGGUGGUUUACUAAGAUUCCUGCUCGUAUACUAGGUGAAGAACGAUGGGAUGCUAUCAGAUUGACAAGAAGAAUUUAUUAGAAUAAGUUCUAUUAUGGAAGAUAAUAAAUUUUGUUUGAUAUCUUUUAUGAUUGGCCAGCUAUGGCUAACUUAAUUGGUAUCUAUCCUAAAGUAUUUUGAUCAUACAAUUAUAAAGGUUGAUACUUCACAUGGAUUUCUUCAUUGGGCCACUUAUGAAGCCUAUAGAGAUUGGCAAGAACAUACUGUGAAUUCAGAUGUAUAAUUGAUCACUAUUAUUAUAGGGUGCCUUUGCUAUGUGGAUCUAUAUGUUAUGUGGUGUAUACAUUGCUCACUGUUUCUACUCUUAUAUGAUUCCCUAUUAUUGGACGUAAGCUGAUUUAUCAUAAUCAUAGAAAUAUGUUCCCAGCUAAGAAUGAAGAAUUUGUGAGAUUGAGAAUGAAAGAUGCUAUUGCAACUACUGUUUUAGAAGAACUAUUUGCUAACAAUUAUGCAGAAUUUGCAUGGGCUCCUCAUGAUUUUCAUUAUAAUAGAUAAAGAUGUAUGUCUGGAUAUGGCCAUCCUGAUGAUCCAAGAACCAUGCACAUGGCUUCAUUCAAUAGUAACAUAUAUUGAGAAUAUUUUUAGGAAAACACAAAUACAAAGAACAUUAUUUGAAUAGAAUAGGAGAUUCAAGUCGUAUGACAACUGUCCUUUGA